AUGCAGCUCGCUGGUCGACUAUAUUCAGCCUGGUCGCUGGUCACUGCCAAUCUGUCUUCAGUCGUCUUCUACAAUCCGGAUAAUGGUAGAUUCGGAGAUUGGAAGACCGCACCAGCCCUGGUCCUUACAAGUAACGAAACGAUCUCGAAGAAGAAAGAAGAUGGUGUUAUGUGUAAUGAUGAUGGUAAGAAAUGUAAAGCUGUUGGAAAAGGUUUACAUAGACAUGAGGAUGAGAUUGAACCGACGUUCGUUCAGCAAUUCAAGCAGACUACGGAUACAUCAACGAUGACAAUGACUACUCAAGGUCAAACGAUAACUACUAGAGUGUUAGUUGUACCGACUCUAACGGUGAUCGCUGGAGAAGCUAUCACCACAGAGGUCAUGUUGGAUGAACAAGGUGGUCUUAUGGAGAGUUCAACUUUAAUGACUGCUACGGUUAUGCCCAGUACAGCAAGCAGAUCAUCCUCUAUCACGGUGUCUAUCUCUUCGACCGAUACAGCUACUGGCUCGUCGUCAGUCGCCACAAUGGCAUCCACCUUGUUUUCUGCCAAUCCUACCACUUCUAGUAAGGCUCUCAUCGAGGCGGAGGAGGAAGAAGAAGAUGGGCAAGAAGAGGGCGAUGACGAGUCGGAUGUCAGUUCUGACUCGACAUCUUCCGAAGACGAGGAAGAUGAAGAGGAAGACGAGAGGCCGAAAGUCUUGAAAGUCUCGAAGAAUGAAUAUAUCAGAGCUUGGAAGCGAGACAUCCAAUUAUCUGCUGCACAAGAUUCUGGUACGGUGGUAGGAGUUAACAUCGCCCACCUGUCAGGCUCAAAUGAACCUCGCGUCGUUGUGACCCAACAAUGUGCUCUCCACUAUGGCUGGGCCAUCAACUCCCUGGAUAAUCUCGUUCGAGAAGAGACUGUUCUUGCUGCUUUCUUCAUCUGGAUCCUUGGUCUCGCUAUUGUAGGACUGCUGAAUGAAUCGAUACCUCAUCUUACUGUUCUAGGAUCAACAGUUGUGACUUUGAUUGCGAGCGGUGUACUUUGCUGGAAGAUCAGAGAAUAUUUCGGUUGGCAAACUUUCCAACGAAUAGGAGGUUCUUCAAAGAUCAACAAGAUAUACAAGUUACUUCUCGCUUUAAGUAUCUUGCUGCAGCUUGAUGCCUUUGUAUUGGUCACUUUGUUUGCAUUGUUUUUGGAUCAGGCUUUCAAAGCCAUAUAUAGCUUGUUGAUCGUUGCUUUACUCCCAUGGCUGUACUUUGUGAGUUGCUCCGGUUGGGAUCCAGCUGACAGGAUAGGGAUGGACUUCAAUCCGUCACGAACAGAGAAAACGAUUCAAUAUAUUUGUGGGUUUAUCAGUACUCAUCAUCGGUGGAUGGGCAGUAUCAUUCGCAAACCAGAUUUUCCGGAUUGUCUUCACUACCUGGGCAUUCUUCACUUCUUCACCUGUAUGGGAUCCCUUGCAGUUGGACUCACAACAAUCACCGUAAUACUUGCCAUCAUCCGUCGAUUGACUUUCGGUAAAGGUUUAGCGGAUUUCCUUUAUCUCGAAGAAGUCCACGAAAGACCCAAUAGUGGAUUGUUGGAUGAGAAACCUUCCAUGCCAGUUGCCAUGCCUCGAUCUAACUUGCCUACUUUUUCAACUGCUUUUGGACCUGGACCUGCGCCACCACCACGUCAAAUGUUCCCUCCCAUGCCGGUAUAUACAACCGCCACCAGAGUAACCUCUUGGAACACAGGUGAUGACCGCAGAGCGUUAUAG